AUGUCAUCGCCAUAUGCGAAUCGCUCUACUGGAUCGUCUGAUGGAUCGACCCCUCUGACUGUGUUGGGCGAUGGACAGCAUACUAGUGGGCAAUCUAAUGCUGCAGCCUCUGGCCUGCCUGUGAGCGUGCCUUUCACGUUGAGCUUGAAUGAAAUCGGUCGUUCGGGGCAGUUUCAACUCGUGGUCAACGUAAACGCCGAAAAUGCGACUGACCGUCCGACGGGACAGACGCACCAAUCUCGAGAGCUUCAAGCAAUCCCAAGCCUGGGGCCUCAUGCCCUUCCUCUCCACCAGGGCAACAAGUCAUCUCCCACACUCAGCCUCUCUAGAGAUGCACAAGGCUGGGUUGACCUGAGCUCAAUACCAUCUGCAUUCGUCCAGAAUGCUGCGCCUGAGUGGGACUGGCUACCUUCAGGAUCAGGUACUCUUCCCCACCAAGCUCCUACAAGACGCAACGACCUCAAAGCUCGUAUCAAGCGGAGUGGUCGCGGGAUCAUUGUUAGACUUCGGAAGGGCAGUACCGCGGGCCCGAGUGAAGGAGAUGACGUCAAAGAUAUACAUCUAAUUGAACACCAGCCUGAGGCGACUCCUACCGGCUAUGAACUCGAGACGCCCGAUGUCCCGGUGGAAUUGGAUUCUACACCGAUCAUUCCAGAGAUCGGAUCUUCGGGUCCAAACUUGGGGGCACACGUACGACAACUGGCGCCACACCAGUACAGUGCCGUAGGUCCUUUUAGUGUUAGCAAUCAGACGGAGUCUUGGCCAGCAAGAUCCCCACCGCCUGUAGAGCUUCCAGGGCGCCUUGCACGAAAUAGCAUCUCUGUCGGAACUGAGGGAUUUAGCGAUGCGGAAACAUUGAUUCACGGUGCAGGUCCCAUAGGGGAUCUAUGGGAUGAAACAGACACACAAAGCUCGACAGUGCCAUGCUCUAUCGUCACUGAAUUUUCGACGACGACGACGCGCAGAAACUCACUAUCAAGUAUCUUAUCGACUCCAGUUGGAGGUCUUCAGCUAUCAGAAGUAGCAUGGCCAGAAUCUGCCCCUGUUGACAAUCAGGACGGACGACGCGAAAGUUCCUGGGAGGAUCUGAGAGAGAUUCAGGCUGAUGAGACCGCAAUCAAGACUACAGAGCGGAAGAAAAGUCAUCGGAGUCGCAUAAUACGGCCAAGUCGCUCGACUGUGCGGGCAAGAUUUGUCGUGCCUGAAAGCCACAACGUCCCUUCCCGCUUGAUGGACUGGCCUCCAAAACACGGUGAUGACGAGGUCCUUGGUGGAUACUCUAAGCUUGCUCCGCCACUUGGUGAAUUAAAGAGGCGGUGGUUCAGGAGUGAGGAUGCCGAUAAUGCAAAUGUACUUCAAAGAAGGAGCAAGUCGUUCAAUGCACUUAAACCACCUCAUAGUCAAGCAAGGAAAGUGAUAGGACGGAGUCAGUCUGCUUCAAUACCCGUGCCUGUGCUGCGUGCGAAGCCAGGAAAGCUGAAGUUGAGAACUAAGUGCUCACAGCGGAACUCAGACGACGUUGUUUCGACAGGUUCUCCGCCCACUACAGUCAAAACGGAGGAACAACAACAGUCCCCUACCCAGCGAUCGACGCAGUCAGAGAGCCCAGUGGUCUCAUUCCCAAUCCAGCAGCCACAACCAUACAUCAAACAGCCAGAUACACAGACCCAAGACAGCAGCACAACGUCCGGGCCCCUACCACUUCCUCAGAAUUAUGAAACUCGACUCGUCGACAUGAGGUCAAGGUCUAAGAGUUUCGUUUCCCUGGCCGCAUUCGGACUACUCUCCCUGGCUCGCAAUGCAAUAGACUGGCUCGGGGGACAAUGUGGUCCCGAGCAUUCAGUCAAAGAAGGGUUUGUGCGGGUGCGCUGGACAUGUCACUGUGGCGAGGUCCGCUACGACGACUUCAUCGAGCGCCGCGUGGGUGCGGCUCGCGAGCUAGAAGCCUACCUUAAUCGCCCACAAUCCCAUACACCGCGCAUGCACACCAACGGCAGCAGCACUUCCAGUACCCCAAGCAUCUCCAGCGCCGUCUCCAGCAUCUUCAGCAACCCAGCUCUCUCCCCAUCCUCCACCUUCGGCACCCAAUCGUCCCUUUCCUCCAAUCUGACCUCGAGCUCGCCCAAAAUGCAUAGCCGUCAGAACCCCUUCAGCGUCGUAAUCUCUCCCCCUCCUACGCCCUCCUGGCUUCUCACUUGCGUCAACGAGGGCCGCGCAACGCCCAAAGUCGUCCACCUUGACAUGACAAGCCCUCGCAUCAAGUCGGACAAAGACCUCGCGCUGACGCUACGGUCACACUAUGCCAGCAUCAAACAUCCACUUCUCCACAUUUUGCGGGUGCGCGGCCUCACAACGAUACAUUUCGUGCAGUUCGAAGUGCACCGCAACCGGUUCGCAGAUAUCCGUAAAAGCCCUGACAUGCCGAGUGGCGCGUUGGCUAAGACGUGGUACGAUUUCGAGCCGCACGACCUGGUGCCGCCGGUGGGCGAGAAAUACCUGCUGCACUUAUUCAAGCACCCGCAGGACUAUGACGGCGAGCUAAUCACAUAUUUACGCAGCCCGAAGCGAAAGAAGAGGCUAGAUGUUGGGGUUGGGUGGGGUAUACAUCUGGUAGAGGGGUUUCUGCCGGCACGCGUGUGGACGCUGAUGCUGGGCAUGUUUGGGCUGGGCAGCUUGGUGUUUGCUGUAGUGUGGGUUUGUGUACGGAGGGAUGAUAUGCAGGGGGCAUUUGGGGUCGCGGCGUGGAUGACGACGUUGGCGGGAUUGAGUGUUGCGUGGGCGCAGGCGAGCCUAGAGUAG